AAAAUGGCAGCUAAGAACUUUUCUGUGACAGACUUUAUCCUCGCAGGCUUAAUAGACCAGCCAGGACUCCAGAUCCCUCUCUUCUCCCUGUUUCUAGGUUUCUACAUCGUCACUCUGCUGGGGUACCUGGGACUGAUAACCCUGAUUGGGUUGAAUUCUCGCCUACACACCCCCAUGUACUUUUUCCUCUUCAACCUCUCCUUGAUAGAUUUCUGUUACUCCACUACCAUCACCCCCAAAAUGCUGAAGAGUUUUGUCUCAAAGAAGAACAUCAUCUUGCCGGCAGAGUGUAUGACUCAACUCUUUUUCUUCUGCUUCUUCGUCAUUUCUGAGUCCUUCCUCCCAUCAGCAAUGGCAUGUGACCGCUAUGUUGCCAUCUGUAAACCACUGGUGUACGCUAUCACCAUGUCUCCUCAGGUCUGUUUAUUCUUUUUGUUGGGUGUCUAUGUGGUGGGAUUUUCAGGGGCCAUGGUCCACAUGGGAAGCAUAGCAAGUCUGACUUUCUGUGCUGACAAUUUUGUCAAUCAUUUCAUGUGUGACAUGCUUCCUCUCCCUGAGCUCUCCUGCAACAGCACUUAUGUGCACGAGCUGGUGGUCUUUGUCCGUGUGGCCAUUGACAUUGGAAUGCCCAUUGUCACCAUCUUCAUCUCUUAUGCUCUGAUUCUCUCCAGCAUUCUCCACAUUCACUCCACUGAGGGCAGGUCCAAAGCUUUCAGUACGUGCAGCUCUCACAUAAUUGUGGUAUCUCUUUUCUUUGGUUCUGGGGCUUUCAUGUAUCUCAAACCACCUUCCAUUUUGCCCCUUAACCAAGGGAAAGUGUCCUCUCUGUUCUAUACCAUUGUGGUGCCCAUGUUAAACCCACUGAUCUAUAGUUUGAGGAACAAGGAUGUCAAAGUUACCUUGAGGAAAACUUGGAAAGAAAAAUAUUUUUUUGAGAAAGUAGUAUAUGGAGAAAGAGAUAUAAUGCUUUGUUAG